AUGCGUCUGCUCCUGCUCUUCCUUCUUCUCUCCUCGAUUUUCUGCGAGGAAAAUCCUCAACAGAUCCUCCAACGUCAUCUCAAAGCUCUAAUUCAAGCGGCCAACAACCCCAGUCCCAUUCUAUUCGGUCGACUUUCGCCGAGAGGAGGUGGCGAACAAAAAAGUAGCGCCCAAAAUUCACAAAACCACGCGGAUUUUCAGCGUCGACGGACGAGCUGAUCCGAUUCUAUCGAGGACGUCAAGCACACGCUCAAUCGGCGCAUUAUGUGUGGGCGGGCAGGAUCGAGGGAGUCGUGAAGUUGCUGAGCGCUCAGGGAACACUCGAAUGGUAUCGGAUCGCCAUUGAAAAGUAUCAAUUGAGUCCCAGUGGUUGGGUGCUCGUACAGAAGAAUUUGUUCAAUCCCAGAGGUUGA